GAUCUGGCCCGGCCCUCACCGUCUGCUGCCUGCCACAAUAACACAACUUUACGCAGUUUGCAAAAAAAAAAAAAAUCCCAGAUCUGAUAUUAGAAAAAUCACAGGGGUGAAGUAGUUUAAUAUUACGGACAUUGAGUUCGCUCUGCCGGAAGUUGCGGAUCUCAUCGGAACAUUUUCUGCGCCGGGAGACUUGUUGCUCUUUGGCGUUUUGUUCUAAAAUCUUCACCUUCUCACCCUAGUGUGCUCCAGGCUUCGGCUUGGAGGUCCCUACCGCCAAAAUUGAUCCCAGCAGCUGGAGCGGCAGCGAAAGCCCUGCCGAGGACAUGGAAAGGAUGAGCGACUCUGCCGAGAAGCCCAUGGACAACGAUGCUGAAGGCGUGUGGAGCCCUGACAUCGAGCAGAGCUUUCAGGAGGCGCUGGCAAUUUAUCCACCAUGUGGCCGCCGCAAGAUCAUUCUGUCAGAUGAAGGAAAGAUGUAUGGUCGGAAUGAGCUGAUUGCCAGAUACAUUAAACUGCGCACUGGGAAGACGAGGACGAGGAAGCAGGUGUCUAGUCACAUUCAGGUUCUUGCCCGGCGGAAAUCUCGCGAGUUUCAUUCCAAGCUAAAGGUGACGAGCAUGGAUCAGACCGUGAAGGACAAAGCCCUCCAGAGCAUGGCAUCUAUGUCCUCGGCACAGAUCGUCUCUGCCACAGCCAUCCACAACAAGCUGGGCCUACCAGGCAUCCCGCGGCCGGCCUUCCCUGGAGCGGCUGGGCUUUGGCAGGGCAUGAUAUCCACGGGCCAGCCUGGAUCCUCACAAGACAUCAAGCCAUUUGUGCAGCAAGCCUACCCCAUCCAGCCCACAGUCACAACAGCAAUCUCAAGUUAUGAGUCAUCAGCACCACCAGCACCUACAGUGCCAGCAUGGCAGGGUCGCUCCAUUGGCACCACCAAACUCAGACUGGUGGAGUUUUCUGCUUUUCUGGAGCAGCAGAGGGAGCCUGAAUCGUAUAACAAGCAUCUGUUUGUACACAUCGGUCAGACAAAUCACUCCUACAGUGAUGCUUUGCUGGAGUCGGUAGACAUUCGUCAGAUUUAUGACAAAUUCCCAGAGAAGAAAGGCGGACUGAAGGAGCUUUUUGGCAAAGGCCCACAAAAUUCCUUCUUCCUCAUAAAGUUCUGGGCCGACUUAAACUGCAACAUUCAGGAGGAAACUGGGGCUUUUUAUGGUGUCACCAGUCAGUACGAGAGCCCGGAGAACAUGACCAUCACCUGCUCCACUAAAGUUUGCUCCUUCGGCAAGCAGGUGGUGGAGAAAGUGGAGACGGAGUACGCCCGCUUCGAAAACGGCCGCUUCGUGUACAGGAUAAGCCGCUCUCCGAUGUGUGAAUACAUGAUCAACUUUAUCCACAAGCUCAAACACCUUCCUGAGAAAUACAUGAUGAACAGCGUGCUGGAAAACUUUACAAUCCUACUGGUGGUCACAAACAGAGACACACAGGAGACCUUGCUGUGCAUGGCAUGUGUGUUUGAGGUGUCGAACAGCGAGCACGGCGCUCAGCAUCACAUCUACAGACUGGUGAAAGAAUGAAGCUCCUGCCAGCCAGCAGCCCUGUCCUAUAGACUCUAAACCUCAAUAAAGAAAGUGGCAGUGCCUCUAGUUUAACUCACCCACGGCGAUUCUAGCUCACAUCCGGGUGAUGCUUAUUGUUAUUCAGUUUUUUUGUCUUUAAUGUAUAUGUGUUUGUUGUUCGACUGCAGCUGUGAAACACGGUACAGUUGUAUUAUGUUCUUUUUUCCCCUGAUACAGGAAAGGAUCGUUUUAAAGGAGGCCUAAUCGAUUUCCUGUAGGUUGUAUAAAUCAACUGGCAGUAUCAGUAGCAUUUAAGGUUAACUUAGAUUAAAUCCGGUCAGAAAAAAAUACAAAACAAUAAAAUCUAAGAAAUAUUUAGAUUUUUUUCACCUUAAAAGCAGUUUUAGACUAAUUGUCAUGGUUCAUGUAGUACGAUGAUGUCUAUAAAUAUGUACAUGUGUAGUCAGAAACAUGUCUAUGUAUAAAUGUAUAUACCCACGUACAGAACCUUUAGUCCUUCCAAAGAAAAAGUAUUUCAUGUUAAAACAUCUGGUUGAUUCAAUGAAAAAAAUGCAGUGACCACAUACUAGUCAUACUGGGCUAGACCUGAUCUAGUAACAAGAAUACACAUCUGGAGAAUGUUUUUCUGUUUUUUUAAACAGUUGGUUGUAAACUUCAGUAACAUUGAGCCUAGAUUAGGUCCAGAAGGUUGCCCUUCAGUAGUCUUAAAAUUCUUCAGUAGGGGCUGCUCAGGUGGCGCAGCAGUAAAAUACGCUAGCACACCAGAGCUGGGUUUUCAAAUACAUCGUAUCGAAACUCAGCUCUGCCACCCGGCUUGGCUGUGCGGCUGCAUGAACAACGAUUGGCUGUUGUUCAUAGGGUUAGGGGCAAGCCAGAUCAUGGGUCCUCAUAACUGGUGCAAUUACGACCCCUGCUGGCUGAUUGAUGGCGAUUGCGCCUGAACAGGGCUGAGGAAUAAUGCUGAUCAGGGUGUGGCUCUCCGUGCACAGUGCUGAUCGGUAUAUAUGAACUCGACUCGUGCAGGUGAAAAAUGCAGUCGGAGGGGGCGUGUGUCAGUUGAAAAGCGUCCUCAGUCAGCGGUGGAGGGUUAAAUCAGUGGAGGAUGCAAUCGGAGUUAUUGGACACGACUAGAUUAGGGGAGAAAAUUGUGGGAUAUGUUCGAUGCACAGAAUUGGUUGUUAGAUUUUGUUCCCUUUUACAACUGGUUCAGACAAUUAUUUUAAGGCUACUUUGUUCACUUUAAUCAAACAGCUUUUUCUGUACUAAAUAAAUUAUUUUUAUUGCCUAUUCGAACAUGUUCACAUUUUAUAAAUGCUUGUUAAUAAUAGUAGCAGGCUUGUUUUUAGCCAGACAAAAGCACACCAGUGGUUUCUGGAGAUCUGUCUGCAUCCAAUACUACACACUAAAUAGUGUGUACCAUUGCUUAUGGUUUUGUAUUAAUUUGACAGUUCAUCAGCACAGUACACAGGGUUUUAAGACCCCUGUUUUAGUCAGUACCAAAAUGCAGAUUUUUAGUGGCAGCGGCAUUUUCUAAAUACGCUUUGCAUUACUUUCUCCCCUUCUAUGCCUACAGCAUGUUUUAUUUAAAUGAGGUUCAACGAGGACAUGCUAGUUAUAUAGUCUGUAAAUAAUGCGCUCAGGACAGCACUCAUCCUGAUUUUUAUCUAUCAGACAGUAGUUCUGGCUUGUAUUACACAACUUUGUCUGGAUAUCUUCUUUAAGAAAUAUUGUCAAGUGUUUCUCCAGAUGUGUAUUCUUUUCAAAUCUUGUUCUGUGAGACACUCACAGUCAUUCAGUUGUAACAUUCAGGGAAUUUAAAAUGAAGCCCUUAAACUUUAAGGCUUAAAGUAUUUACCUUGAAUCUCGGGCUAAAAUUAAGUUAACACUUGCAAUAAGAAGAAACAGAGAUUAAAGCCCAUUCCUACAAAUUUUUCUUGCUAUUGUUUAACCAUUAAAUAUGUCACUGACGUUUUAAAAAAGCACUACGUUAAGUACAGAAGGCGAGCUGAUUGUCACUAUGUCCCUAGCACUUGUAUUUUUUAUGGGACAUGCCUUAUCAAGCGAACCUACAUUUUUAGUUAGAACGAGACACAAUCAUUCAAAGACAUCAGGGAAGCUUCUUUCUAAGCUCGUCCCAUUAAUCUGUUUAAUUCAGCUGUUCCUGUUUUUCUAUUCUUUAUGGAGUCCUAACCCAAUGUCUGAUGCCUUUACCCUGAACAUCACGCCCAUGCCAGUGUGGCCUCCGAAGACUGUGAGCCUUAACCGUUGCGUUAAGUGUGAGAUUUUCCAAAAGAUGCCACUAAAACUGUGAGCUCUUUUCUAAGCUGGAAGACCUUCCGGUCAUGUAGGAAUUGUACAGUAACAAAACUGCCAAAGCGUAACUAUAUCCAGCACAGGUGCCUUACUGGAUGACUAUACAUAUACACGACCUGAAGGGAAAUAAAUAUCAAACACUAAGAAUAUUCAUUGUCUGUUGAUCCAUAUGAUAAGAGGUGUGGCCAGUGCACACUAACUCAACUACCACUACAUGUACUAACAAAUUUAGCAACACUAUCAAACUGGCUAUGCGUUUCUUAUCGGACGAGACCAAAAAUCCAUGGAGGCACAUCGAAUCUCCUCCUCGUUUCCUGCACUGUAGCAAUCAAGUGCCUUUGGUUGAUUUUCCAGCUUAGAAAAGACAUUUUGCAUGAGCAAGUUUAUCAACCAAAUAUGUGGACGUAAAAAGAAUAUUCACCACAAUGCCUUGCUAAACGUUUAGAUGACAAGGGACAUAGGGAAAUAUGUAACAAUUAUUAAUCAGAGAAUAUAGAUUUUUUCCCAAAAUGUUUUGGGAAGUACCGCAGUUUGUUUAUGUAUAAAAAGAACUCUGUAAAAGACUGCUUUUAAUUCAUUAGAAUUACUUUUUUUGGGAGAAUAUUUAACACUACAUGAGGUGGAUUUUUAAUUCUUUUGAAGACCUUCACUGUUUCAGCACAGCUAACACUAUCUUUAAGACUAUUUACCCAAGAUUAAUUUCAAUCCAUGCUGUCAUGUUCACAGAUUUAUAGUUUUAAUUGAUCUGUAUGUUGUGUUUACCGUAAACUGUGGAGUUUUUUCAAUGCUUGACCUGAAAAUGAUUGUUUUUUUUGCCCUUAAUUUCCUCUCUGUUUUUGGAGAUUUUCCUGUAUUAUUGUUCUACACGUACACAAUGGUUUUUGUGAUGAUGUCAGUAUAUUUGGAGCCUGUUUGGGCUGUGAUGCUGUUACUGCUGCGCUGCUGGCACCCUGGACACAUCCCAUCCACCUUAUACCAGCUGCCCCCGCCCCACUUUUCCAGGGAGAUGCAUAUGAUUGCGUUUCAUAUAAUGAAUGUUAAGGACAUUAUUUUUAAUGUACACUAAAGCAGUAGACCCACGUCAGCAGUCUAGCUCUUGUUCCUAAUUUGUAUUUUUGUCUAUGUGUAGGUACUGGUACCUCCUUGUUUGUUACCAUUUAAGAAGUUGGCUUUAAAGUGAACUAUACUCUAGUUCAAAAUAGUAUCAUUUAAAAAAGACUAUUGAGUUUGUGUGCAGAGAUUUUUUGUAAAAAGGUGCUUUGUAUAAAAUUAUAUAAUCUGGCUUUUCUUGGUACAAAGGCGUAAAAUCUUUUAUUAUCCUAAUGAUGGUGAAGUGUGGAGCAAAGUCGAGAGAAGAAGAAUUCUGCUAUGUGUAUGUGUUUUACUGCAUAUGGUCUUGUCUUUGCUCUGUAACAUUUUUGAUGCCUUCUGGAUAAAGUGGUAGAUAUUUUGUAGCUUUCUAGACACUUUGUAUGUAUACCAUAUUGAAUAAAUAAGAAGAAAAACUAUUCCUUGCAUUUCUAUGCUGGAAACACUAACAA